GCCACAUCAUGUGUCAAGCUCAGAGUCGCAGGACACAGCCACAGUGCGCAGUGCGGUACGCAGAUAUCUUAGCACGCUACUGCAGGCUGCUGCAUGCUAAUAGUCGCUAAAGAUGCACGUCCAGCCAGGUGCGAUUUAACAAUCUUGCCGUCCGCGCGGAGAAACUGCCGGGAAGCACACUCCUCACUUUACCUUGACCUACAACGCUACAGUCUUAUUCUUUGCUAUCUCAGCUUGUUUUCUAGCCUACCGAGCUCUCUGCAGAUAUCUAUUGCCGCAAAUGAGCAGGGGGUGUUCAAGGAGAGUUGUUGGACAGCAUGGACAGAACAAGCAACAUCACGGUUAAUAAAGCGCUUUUUGGCGUCGGAGGCUGAUAUGCUAAGAGGGUAAGAGCUACAUAAUGGAUGCGCAGGAGCUGAGGGCAAGGCACAGCAGGGUGGGGGUACCAAAACAACACCGUUGCAACAAUGAGACUGGCGCAUAACAGCUAUUCUAAAAAAAAGAAUAAUGCGCCACACUUUGGCUUAAGGAAAUAUUACCAUUCAAUACCGCGGUCAUGUAAGCAGACUUU